AUGAAUCUCACCCCAAGUGUGGACAGCAAGUUCCCAUAUCAGGCUAUGUUUGGGAAGUCACUGAAGUGGCUCAUGAAGCUCUUACAUGUGUUUGGAUGUCUAUCAUGGGUAAACAUCCCAAAAGCUAAAAGAGACAAUAAGAAGCUAGACCAAUGGGCCAUAGCAUCCAUAUUCCUGGGGUACAGUCUGGAGAGGAGAGGAUGGCAUUUCUAUAGCCCAGAUUACAGCCCAAACAUAUUCUGGAGUAACUCAGUUAGAUUCAUGGAGACUAAAUGCUGGUCCAAUAAAACAGAGUGGCAACCAGUGAGUGCUCAGCCACCACCAGCAUUAGCCAAUGAAGGAGAACUCAAUGAUUUAAGAUACACAGAUGAGAACCUCUUUGAUGAAAGAGAAGAGGAGCCACUGAGUGAAUACAUAGAUAUGGAGACAAUUGAUGAAAUGGACAAGGAACAGACCUCAAGCAAAGAUGUUGAAAAGAUGAUUGAAUACAGAACUGAUGCCAAAACAUGGGCCUAUAGUACCCAUUUUGGAUUUACAGCAAUUGAUGAUAACAAAAGAAAGAACCUGGAUCCAACUGUUAGCAAGGCACUAUCUGGAGAGGAUAAGAAGCACUGGGAGGAGGCAAUGCACAAAGAACUGGAUGGACUUAAAGCUAUGGGCACAUGGGAGAUUGCUGACCUCCCCCAGGAUAUGAACACCAUCAACACAUGUUGGGUCUUAAAGAACAAGAUGGAUGCAAACUUAAUCCCCACAAAGUUUAAAGCAAGAUUAGUGGCAUGA